AGAAUUGUUGAGAAAAGAAAACAGAUUCGUGUAGUUACGGUGGAGUGGUUAACUCUCUCAUCCAUUCCGUCACGAUCGCCGAUCACUCGCUUCACCAGCUGUUUCCAGCUCGCCAUCUUCCGUCCGUCUUUCUUCCGCCGCCGGCACCCCCGCCGCUCGAUUAGCCAAUAGCCGUCCCGAUUCGUUGUCUCUCGCCGAUAGUGAAUUUAAUCGGCGUUGCUCUAGUGUUCAGUAUUUGUGUUGGUGCUACUUAUCGUGAAGAAUGAUGAUAGGGGAGGUUACUAGGGGUUAGGGCUUUUGAUUUGAUGGCUUCAUCGGAAGAAUCGGCGUCUGCUUCGAUCCCUCAAAGUUUAAGGGAUGCCUACAUGGGGAUGUCCUCGGACAACGUCAAGGGAUUGGUUCUAGCUUUAUCGUCCAGCUUAUUCAUCGGCGCUAGCUUCAUUGUUAAGAAAAAAGGGUUAAAAAAGGCUGCAGCUUAUGGCAUCAGGGCCGGAGUGGGAGGAUAUUCAUACUUAAUUGAGCCGCUUUGGUGGGUUGGCAUGAUAACCAUGGUUGUAGGAGAAAUUGCAAAUUUUGCAGCUUAUGCGUUUGCACCAGCAAUUCUGGUCACUCCUCUUGGUGCACUUAGCAUCAUCAUAAGUGCAGUGCUUGCACACAUUAUUUUGCGAGAGAAGCUACAUAUAUUUGGCAUUCUUGGUUGUGCAUUAUGUGUCGUGGGGUCAACCACAAUUGUUUUGCAUGCUCCUCAAGAACGGCAGAUUGAGUCUGUGAAAGAAGUGUGGGAUCUAGCUACCGAGCCAGGCUUUCUUUUUUAUGCAGCUGUUGUGAUAAUAGCUGUUUUAAUCAUCAUAUUUUGCUACAUACCAAAAUAUGGACAGACACACAUAAUGUGCUAUAUUGGAGUUUGUUCACUAGUAGGUUCAUUAUCGGUGAUGAGUGUCAAAGCAAUUGGUAUUGCUUUAAAGCUGACAUUGUCUGGAAUGAAUCAACUAAUAUAUCCACAGACCUGGGCAUUUACUUUGGUCGUCCUGGUUUGUGUGCUUACACAAAUGAAUUAUUUAAAUAUGGCUCUUGACACAUUCAACACAGCAGUUGUGUCACCGAUUUACUAUGUUAUGUUUACAUCUCUAACCAUCUUGGCUAGUGUGAUCAUGUUCAAGGACUGGGAUAGGCAGAACCCCACACAAAUAGUGACAGAAAUGUGUGGGUUUGUGACCAUACUUUCCGGGACCUUUCUCCUACACAAAACCAAAGACAUGGCUGAAGGUUCCACAUCACGACUCUCCAAACACACCGACGAGGAGGAUGGUUUUGGUCAAGAAGGCGUCCCUUUGAAACAACGGCAAGACGCAUCAAGAUCCCCUUAAUGUAAUCUCGAUUUUCUUUUUUUUCUCUUUUUUUUGUUCAUUUACCUUUUUCCUCAUCAAGAACACACUUACUUAGCUUGUGUGACAUUGUUGUAUUUACUACUGAGAAAUAGUUACCGGAGUAGUAAGUGCAGAUGAAAGAAAGGGCCUUUUGUUUU